AUGGCCGAGCACGACCGCCUGGCACAGCCCUCCCACAUCCGAUAUGCCCUCCGCCAUCUGCGCAUGCUCCCGCCACCCUACCAGGCCGACGACAGCAACCGGAUCACCUUCGCCUUCUUCGCCCUCGGCUCGCUCGCCCUCCUCGGCGGCCUCGACCGCCUCGCGCCCGCCGAGCGCUCCGACUACAUCCACUGGGUCUUCCGCCGAUGGAACCCCGCCAUCGGCGGCUUCGGAGGCGCCCCAAACAUCGACCGCCGAGGUCUUGUUGGGCCUGAUCAAGAGCCGGCUGACCAGCCUCAUCUGACCCACACCUACACCGCCCUGCUCAUCCUCGCCCUCCUCACCCUGCCUUCGGCCGACCAGCCAGAGCCCGCAUCUCCGUACGACCGUCUAGACCUGCCCAAACUCCUGCAAUUCGUCCGGAACUGCCAGCGGCCCAACGGCAGUUUCGGCUCGUUCCCCGACUCUCCUGAUGAAGACAUACGCUUCGUCUACUGCGCCGUGGCGAUCUUGGCCAUCGUUCGGGUCGAUCCUAGCACGGUCAUCGACGUCGACUCGACCGAGCGCUUCCUCAGCUCAUGCAGGCGGUAUGAAGGCGGCUAUGGGCAGGCCCCGCAUUGUGAAGCGCAGGGCGGGACGACGUACUGUGCGCUGGCCUCCUUCGCAUUGCUCGGCCGGCUCGAGAGCAGUCAGACGGACGAGGAGGCCGAGAGCACGGCGCGAUGGCUGGUCGAUCGGCAGGCCGAGCUGGCCGAGCCGCCUGCAGAAAAGAGCCCCGUCGAAGGAGCCCAGCCGGAAGCGAAGGUAUCCCGCGCUGCCGAAGGAUCCCAGCCGGAAGCGAAGGUAUCCAGCGCUGCCGAAGGAUCCCAGCCGGAAACGAAGGUUUCCAGCGCUGCCGAAGGAUCCCAGCCGGAAGCGAAGGUAUCCAGCGCUGCCGAAGGAUCGGACCAGCCGAGUGCGGCCGGCGAUCGCCCGGCGCUCAGCAAGGGUCUGUCGAGUAGGGUGCUCGGGUUCCAGGGACGGAUCGGGAAGCCCUUGGAUGCCUGCUACUCCUUCUGGUGUACGGCUGCAUUGACGAUCAUGUCCCGACGACUCUCCUCGCCUGGCCCCCCUCGAUCACCCUUCGUCUACCAUCCCGAUCUUCUCGACUCCCCGGCUCAUCCGACCCCACAAGUCCUGUACGACCCGCACGCAAACAUCCGCUUUCUCUUGCGCUGUCAAUCGAGCCAAUGGGGAGGCAUCGCCCGAUUUCCUGGCGACCAUCCCGACGUCUACCACACCUAUCUCGCACUUGCGUCCUUGUCGCUCUCCAGGCAAGCCACCGCAGCAGUCUCGCUGGCCAUCCCCCACCUCCAAAUGGAUCUUCAAAUGCUUCGCCCCUGA